AUGGCACACAGCUCCCAGAUUCACAUCCAAUUGCCGUCAAAAAAAAAAAUGUUGACCGCUACCGGCAAUCGAACACACAGGGCAUGUUCCAAUUGCAAACGCCGCAAGGUUAAAUGUGACGGGUCCAACCCGUGCCAAAAUUGCACCAAGCAUACAAUGCAUUGUUCUUAUCAGCAAAAGACGCUCAGAUCAAUCUCGAAACUGGCAUCUUUGCCGCCACUACAAAACCACAUACCGCCAUCGUCAUCGUCGUCGUCGUCGUCGUCGUCCCACUCUUCCCCCUGGCAGCGGUUCUCGCCCCACAAAUACCGUUUCCAUCGCAGACAUCAAAAUCUGCUCCCGUAUUACUUGGGCAUUGCAUUAAUGAAAUCGCUACCGAAAUCCGUGAUAGAAAAACACUCCCUAAGACCACCCCGCUUGCAAUAUUACGGUUGGAAUAUGUCUGGAGGCCACUACCUUGCACAGCGCCAAAUAUCCAAUUCCCACGACUCAAUGCAAUGGCACUGGGAUUUCUCUGAUCCCAUUCAACAGAAAAUAGUGGAAAAACUCGCAAAAUAUUAUUUCCAAAAUAUCAACAGGUUCGUCUCCAUCAUUCACGAGCAAGCUUUUUGGCAGCAGUUUAAGAGCGGGUUUGUCAACUGCGGCUCACAUGGCUCCACCAUUUUGUUCGAGUCAAUUCUUAAUCUUAUUGUAGCGAUCGCACUGCGUUUCAGCUAUAGCAUUAAUAAAAAUCAAUCUCCACCAGUGCCCUCGACCACCGAAUCAUCUUCAAACGAAUGCUUGUCACCUGAAGAGGUCCAAUGGGUCGAAUCUCACUUGAAUUUCGAAGAAUCACUCUUCGAUUUCGCCUAUACGGUCACCACCAGCUUAUCAUUCGAAUGGGAGUCUUUUGAGCUCAUUCAGUCCUGGCUUUUGAUGGCUUUUUACCUCAGAACCUGUCACCGUCAAGUGUCAUGUUGGCAAGCACUGAGUCGUGCCGUGCAAAUGUGCAAUGGAAUGUCUCUUUUUCUCAACAGAUAUCCUGACACUCAUAACGCUUACGACGAAUGCAGGGCCAAAAACUGUUAUUGGGCAUGCUUCAUUAUGGACCGCCUAAUAAGCUUUCAGAUGGGUCGCGUUCCUGGACUAUUACUCCCAGGACCAGAAAUGGAAUCUCCUGACAUCGCUUCCGAUGGCUGGCUAAGUCCAGAAUCAAUAGCUUUGUACAAGCUUGCCAUCAUAAUCACCGACUGUCAAAAAUCGUACGGCGAAGAACUCGCAGCUCAAGAGUAUCUAAGCGUGAAGAAUCGACUCACCGAAUGGCACAACAACAUUGGCGCAUCGCUACUUGAUAGUGAGCCGUGUGCCCAGCAGGUAAUAUUAUGUGGUUUGCACGUCAGAAUAGCUUUGGAAAUAAAUGGCCUAUUCGCUUUCCUCGACGUAGCAGAUACCGAUGCUCAAGUUGAAAAUUCAUCCCAUAACACGCCAGUUGUACAUGCACCGAUGCUUUUGGAUCUUGUUUCCGCGGUUCUGGACACUUUUGAUUCGAUCGUGGCCUCUGGAUUAUACUUUAGACCAUGGUGGCUAAACUUAUCCCUACCUUUUACCUCAAGCAUAAUUUCUUUGAUAUUGAUCCGCAGCGGUAUCCAAUUGUCCCGAGCAAAGUCAUUGCUCGAGCAAAGUUUCAAGACCUGGCGCUACAUCGAAAAUGCAAGACCUCCAAAUCCGCCUGGGAUGGCCUCAGAAUGUUUGUGGUGUUUGAAAAUGUUAAAUCAUAUGUUUUGUCAACAGCUUCAGCUAUCCGCAAAAGAUCUCGAAAGCGUUCUCGGUGUCGACCAUUCGAAUGAUUUUGUGAACAACAAUAAAUUUCGUCAAUUUGGUAAAGUGGAAAAAGAGCCUUCAAAGUCCGACGCUAUUGACUUUGAAGUUGCCCUUGAGCCACAGGCAUCCGUCACCUACAGCAAUGAAGAUCUGCUUCCUCAUUUGCAAUGGUUUGAUCAGUGGCUGGAUGUCGAUAACCUCGAGACAAUGCUGUAG